AUGGAGCAUCAAUUUGAGCCCUUACAGAAUGAUCUCAUACUUAGAACAGCAUGGGGUCACAAGGUCGAACGGCCACCAAUGUGGGUGAUGCGCCAAGCUGGACGUUACCUACCUGAAUAUCAUGAAGCAAAAGGCAAGAAUGACUUCUUCGAAUGCUGCCGCUCUCCGGAAAUCGCAUCGACAUUGACUCUCCAGCCCAUUGAACGCUUUGCCGGACUUGUCGACGCAGCAAUCAUAUUCUCCGAUAUUCUGGUGAUUCCUCAGGCUCUGGGAAUGACUGUAGAAAUGGUCGACAAGAAAGGUCCCCAUUUUCCGGAACCUCUUGAAUCGCCCUAUGACGGCCAAUACGAGCGAGUUCUGAAGAAAAAUGUGGAUGUUGCGGCAGAGUUGGAUUAUGUUUACAAGGCAAUCACUUUGACGAGACACAAAUUGAAGGGAAGAGUUCCAUUGUUUGGAUUCUGUGGUGCACCAUGGACAUUAUUAUGUUACAUGGUAGAAGGAGGAGGAAGCAAGCUAUUUGUGAAGACCAAGACCUGGGUUUACAAGUACCCAGAAGCUAGUAAGGCUCUCCUUCAGAAGAUUGCAGAAGUGUGUGUAGAAUAUCUAGCUCUACAAGUCAAAGCUGGUGCACAGGUUAGUCCACCGAUCGUUUGUAAAUCUCCCGCCCGACUCUAA